AUGAAAUCAAUCAGAAAGAAAUGGAAAUAAGGUCGUUUUUAAAGAAUAUAAAACGUCUUUUCUUAAAAUAAAUAAGAUAAUUAACAAGAAUAAAAUAUUACUCUUUUAGAACGUUUAUAAUCUAAUCAAUAAAACAUAAAAGAAAUCGCAGUAAUAACAUUAGCAAAUAUAACCCACAAUACUCCAUAAAACAUUUUAGAUAUGUGUAUAAAAGAGCCUAUAUUAAAAGAACUUCUUAAUAUAUUAGAUGAACAUAAUGAAAUAAUAAUUAUAUAUGCUUUAAACGCAAUUACUAAUUUAUUAGGACUAGAAUACCAUAUUAAAUUAUAGAAUAAUAUUGAGUUAAAUGUUUCUUCUUUUUUUAUUGAAAAAUGUCUUUUAGCAAAAUUGGAGAAAUUGACUAUUUUGGUAAAAAAUCAUAUUAAUUUAUAAAGUAUUUCUAAUGAAGAAAGAACUAAAAGCUUAAAAAUAAUAUAAUCUAUAUUCGAACUUUUAUCGUGUUUAUGUGAAAAUGUAUAAGAAAAAUAUUUAAGGAUUAUUACUGAUUCUCCUUUAUCUUAAGUUUUUUUAAGAGAAUGCAUUGAAUAUAUAAAAUAUGCCGAUAAUGAUUUAUUAAAUGCACUUUUAGGUUAUUUUUAAAUUUAUUCUGAAUGCUCUGGGUUAGUUUGCUAAUAAAUAAUCGAAAAUAACUUUUUAAUGGAAAGUUUUGCAAGGAUAUUGAAAAGAAAUAAUAUUACAGAUUUAAAAUAUUAGGCUUAAGUAAUAAGUAUAUUAUAUAAUGUACUAACUACUUGCGAAAAUAAACUAAAUGAAGAAUAUUAGGCUAUUUUUAAUACUAUGUGCUAGUUUAUUAUUUAAACUUUGAGUAUAAAAAUAUUUUAUGAAUUAAAUAAUUUAAAAGAUAUUAUUUAACAUAAUUUUUAAAGUAUUCUUUCUUAAAUUAAAAAUGAUGAAAAAGAUAUAAAUGAAACUAAUGAAAAUGAAAAUGAAGUAAUAAAUGAUAAUCAAGAAGAUGAUAAAAGCAAAGAAGCUUUAAAAAUAUGGUUAAUAACAGCCGAAGCAAUUGAGCUUUUAAUGGGAGUUUUAGUAAAUAUAUUCGAAAAAGAAUGCGAGUCAGAUAUAUAUGAAGACGAAGAGAAUAUGAAUAGUGAUUGUGAUGAAGAUAUUGAAGAAUAAAAGGAAAUUUAAGUGGUAAAAAGUUGUGAAAAAAAAAGAAUUCGUAGAGAAGAUAAAUCAAUAUGGGAAAGACGUGCAAGUCUAACUCCAGAAGACAUUUAAUAAUUAUUAUUAGAAAACCCAAAUAUAAAAUUUAUAGUAUAACCAAGUGAAACCAGGAUUUUUUCUAAUUUUGAAUACGAAUAAGUUGGUGCUAUUAUAAAAGAGGAACUCUACGAAUGUUAAGUUAUAUUAGGAGUAAGGGAAAUUCCUAGAGAUAAAUUAUUAAAAAAUAAGACUUACUUAUUUUUUUCUGAUACAACUAAGGCUUAGGUUAAUAAUAUGAAAAUGCUAGAUUGUAUAUUAGAGAAAAACAUCCGAUUAAUAGAUUAUGAGAAAAUUUAGGACGGAAAUAAUACCAGACUGAUUACUUUUGGUAAAUUGGCAGGUAUUUCUUCAUGUAUAAAUUUUUUGAGUGGAUUAGGACUUUUUUUACUGACUAAAAAUAUCGCCAGUCCAUUUAUUAAUAUAAGUUUGACUCAUAAAUAUUUCUCUAUUGAACAGGCUUAUUAGUAAUUGAAAAUGGUUUCUAAAAUAUUCCAAAAAUAGGGUAUUACUCCAUCUCUUCGUCCUUUAAUUUUCGCAAUUAUUGGAAACGGACGCUGUGCUUAGGGUACAUUGGAAGUUUUGUAAAAUUUCCCAAUUAAAAUAGUUAGUCCAGAUGAUUUAUAGCUAAUUUGUGCAGAUAAAAAUAAUUAAGAACAUGGAAAAUAUAUAUAUUUCCCUUAUGAAUAUACACCUAUUUUUCAUAAUAAAUAUCUUCCAUAUAUUUCAGUGAUUUUCUAAAAUAUGUAAUGGGAAAAGAAAUUCCCAAGACUUAUUACUGAUCAAUAACUUCAGUAAAUUGUGCCUUUAAAACUGCUUGGAAUUUGUGAUGUUUCCUGCAUGAAAGAAGGCGCAAUUUAGUGUGUGAAAAAAAUCACUACACCAGAAUGUCCGUUUAAUGUGGUGGAUAUUGUAUAAAAUAAAGUAUAUGAUGGACCAGCAUAUAGGAAAAAUGGUAUAAUAUUUCUAAAUAUGGAAGAUUUGGCAAGGGAUUUAGCAUAUGAUGCUAAUCUAGUUUUAGAAGAAGUGAAAAUACUUAAAAAUAAUACUAAAAAAUACAAGCAUUUAUUAGAAAUUAUAGAUUAAUUUUAUAAUGAAUUAGAAGGAUAAAUGAGAAUUUAAUAAAAAACAGGGUUUAAAUUUCCUAUAGAUAAUUUUAAUUAAUUGAUAGAAACAAUAGCAGAAACAAAAAAAUCGAAAGUGAAUAUAUAUUUUUUGUCUUUUAUUUAGAAUUUGUUAAAUCUUUAAUUAUUAAAUUAUACAGCACAUGAUAAUAUUUUAAAUUAUUUAUUAAAAAUUUAAGAAUUAAAUAAAGAACAAGUUCAAAUAAAAGUAUAAUAAACAUUUUUUUUAUUAUUAGAUCCUUCAACAAUAAGUAUAGAGAAUUCAGUUUUUAUUGAAAAAGUAUUAAAAAUGCUAAUUUUAAUGAAGAGUUCUAAAAAUUAAUUAUUAUAAAAUACGUCUUAUAGUUCUUUAGACUAAUUAAUAGAAAAUAUUAUUAAUGAAGUAAUUUAAAAUAACUAAAAAAAUCUAGAAAAAUAAAGACUAUUGGCACAAUUGUUAUACGAUUUUAUAGUUGUUGCUGACGAAUAAAAAAGUCAAUGGUGGCCAAAAAAUAUAAAUGUAGAUAAAGAAAUAGGUUUUUAAGUUAUUUUUUAUGCCUUAAAUAUGAUUAGUAAAAAAUGUUUUCACUCAAAAGAAAUUUAAAAUUUAUUUAAGUUUAAUUUAUUUCCUCUAAUAAAGAAAAAUAUUAAUAUUUAAUAAAAUUCUCAAUAAUUUAUGUUAAGUUUAUAUAGAGGAAUAGUAAAAUCAAUUAUUUAUUUAGAAGAUGAAUUUGAAUAACUUGAGAUUUAUUUUAAAUUUUUGUAAUAAAAAGAAUUAGUAAUUUCUAAAUUUUUAAGUUUUGAAUGUAUAAAUUAUUUUAUUUCUCAAUCAGAAAUACUUUUUAUGUUUUUAAUUUAAUUAGAUAUUAAAAAAUAAGAUAAUGUAAUUAAAUUUUAUUAAUUAUAUAUAUUUGAUUAAUAAUUUUUAAAAUUCUUAUAAAUAUCUCCUAAAGUUUCAAAAGUAAUUGAAAAUAACGAUAAUGAUAUUGAAUUUCCAUGUAUAAGUCAUUCUUUAAUAAUGAAGGAAUGUCUUGAUUUUUAUCAUAAACUUUCAAUUAGUUUAGAGAUAAUUUUUUCUACGAAACUUGGAAUAAAACUGGGUAAAAAGAAAUAGAAAAGUAGUGCUAAUUUUGAUAUUUUUUAUUCUAUUUUUGAUAUUAUUUGGAAAAAUGUAUAUUAGUCUAUAAAGCUUUUAUUAACUAAAUAGACAGACGAAUAAUAAUUUUAGAAUUUAUUAAAUACCAUUUAAACAUUUACAAAUUUAUCAGGUUCUAUUGGAAAUGUUUCUGCUUCAGAUUAAUUUAUUAAGGCUAUUUGUAACUAUUCAUUACCUAAAAAUUCAGAUAUGACACCUAAAAAUAUUUAGACUAAUAAAAUGGUUUUAAAUAUAUCCCAUUGUUUAGGAAAUUUACUUGAUACUAAUGGAUGGUUUUAUAUUCUUACUUUUUUAUAAAAAAGUGAAUACUUGUAUAAUAAAAAUAGAAUAGCAAGAGAUAAUACUUAAGAAGAAUAAAUUAAGUUAAGUGAUAUUUAAAUAUUGUAGAAUACAUUAGAUUAUUUAUUUUAAAAUAGUGCAAAUUACGAUAAUGAUCAUUUAUUAACUUUUAUUAAUUCUCUUUUUUCUAUUACUUUUGAAUAUAUAUCAACUGAAAAUAAAAUACUUUAGAAAAAAAAUAAUGAUAAUUCUUCUGUUUUUAAAUAAAAGCAUAGUAUUUUUUCAAUUUAAAAAAUUUAUGAAACAAUUAAGGUUAACUUAUAUAGAAUAGAUAUAUUAUGGGAUUUAGUAUCAGCUAAUUUCUUAGUAUUAUGUACAAAUAAAAAUCAAUACUUUCGUGAAAAAGCAGUUGAAAGUCUCGGUGAUUUUAUUUUGGAAGCUUUUUAAUUUAUAGCAGACAGUUAUAAUCAAUAAAUAUAAGAAAAUAGCGAUAAUAAUUCAAAUAAUAUAAGUAGUAAUAGCAGUAAUAAUUCUAGUUAAGAUUAACCUGAUAUUAAAUAAUCUUAAAAAAAACCAAAAUAAAGAGGAAAUAAUCAUAAAUUUAAAAAUAAAGAAAAAUGGACAAAAGAAGAAUGGCAACAUACACUAUUUUAACCUUGGAUUGAUGUAAUAAAAUGCGGAUAUAAUGAAAGUAAAGAAGUUAUAAUGAAUAAUAUACUAAAGAUUCUAUAAAAUAAUGGACAUAUGAUCAAUAAAAAUGGAUGGAAUCAAUUAUUGAAUAUUCUUAAUAAAAUAUCAACUGAUUCAGAUUAAAAUUAUGUCUGUCGAGGAAUCAAAUGUAUCGAACUUUUAGUCAAUCAAUAUCUUUCUAAUUUACAUCAUUCAAAAUUAUCUAAUUUACUGAAAAUUAUUGAAAAUUUUAAAAAAUACUCAAGAGAUCAUUUAGUCAAACAUUAAACAAAUCAAAAUUAAAUUUAAAUGCUUACAAAGGAAGAAUUCGCAUAAUUAAUGUAGUCUAUUCUUGAAAAAUUACUUUUCUUAUGUACUGAUCCACAUGCAGAAGCUAGAAAUUCUGCAUAGCACAUAUUCUCGUCGUUAAUUGUACAUAAUUUUACGAAAUUAUAAAGCAUAGAUAUAUUAAAUAGUAUGGUUUGGGAAAUGGCUGAGAAUGUUCUUUUAAAGUUAAAAUAGGAAAUGUAAAAAAACUAAAACGAUAAAUUAGUUUAUUGGGAAGAAACAGCAUAAAAUACAUGUCAACAUCUAUGUAAAAUAAUAAAAAGAAGUGUAUAAUUACACGAAAAACCCGAAAAUGAUAGCGAAAUAUAAAACAUACCCGAAAUAAUAGAUAGAGUAAUGUAGAUUUUCUUUAAAUAUAUAUAAGUUAAUUUAAGUGAUAUUUCUGUGGAAGUAAUAAAAUCAUAUAGAGAAAUAUUUAAAUUAAGGCCAUUUAUUUGUAUAUAGAAUUUUAAUAAUAAUAAUAAUUUUGAGAAUUUAUUAGUUUAUUUAUAGAAAUAAUUUAGUUAUGUACCUAAUAAUAUUAAAAUUAUCAAAAAUAUAUUCCAGAAAUUAAUCCCAGAAUGUAUUUUUAUUUUAGAAGAUUUUUGUUUACUUUCUAUUGAAAAUAAUAAUAAUGUUUUUUUAAAUAUAUAUAAAUCUCAUAUAGGAAGUGUUUUUUAACUUUUUAAUUCGAUUUUAAUGUAUUCUUAAUUAGUUAGUGAAGAUAUUAAUAUGAAGUAGUAAAAAAUAUUUUUCGAUGAAAAAUAAUAUGUCGAACUUUUAGAAAAAAUGUCCAAAAAUACACAUUUAUAGUAAGAAUAUAACCUUUUUUUUAAUAAAUUGAUACAUUUGCCAGUUAAAUCAAUUGUUAUAGAUGGACUAAAAAGAAAAUUUAUACCUGUUAUCAUUAAUCAUAUAAAAAAUGGAAAUAAUAUACCUUCUUAAGUUAUUAUAGAACAUAUUUUUGCAAUUCAGAGCUGUAUUUUAGCUAAAAAUAGUAUUGAAUAUAUGGAGUUAUUAAAUAAUAUUAAGCAAAGGCCUAUAUGGGCUAUAUGUACUGAAAUAUUUGUUGAUAUAGUUAACUUUUUAUUAGAAAAAAGUUAAGAUUUAUACCUAGAAAUUCUCUAUAAUAUAAUAUACAAUUACUUUAUGAAUAAUAAAUAUUCAAUUAAUGAUUUAAUAAAAUACUAUACACCAGAUUAAAUAAAAGAAUAUUUUGAAGGAGAAAGAAUAUUAUUAGAAUUAAUAAUGUAUAAGCUUUUGCCAAAUGUUUCUAAUGAAAAUAUAGGUAAAUUCGCAAAUAUUUUAUUUUAAAAUUCAAAUUUAAAAAUGGAAAACGAAAAUGCGAUUUCAUAAUUUAAUUUAGAAGAUUUAGGUAUACAUUUUAAUAAAAAUUGUCUUACUUUUUUGUGUAAAUUUUCAUCUUAAGAUUCUAUUUUAUAAAAUUAGGAGAAAAAUAUACUCUUUUUACCCUUUUUUUUAAAUAGGUGUAGAAUUAUAUUGGAUAAUUUCGUUUAAGAGUAAAAAACAUUAGCAUCAGUCUCAUAUAAAGCAACGAAAAUAAAAGAUAUAGAUUUUGUCUUAAGUUUAAUAAAAAAUUUAAAGAUAUAUCAUAACUCUUUUAAGAUUAUACAUAAUAAUGGUAUUUUCUAAUAAUUUAAUUUACCUUUUGAAAUUUCUAACAAUAAUGCUUAUUAUUUAAAUAGUUAAUACGGACAUC